AGCAAAAAGGCUGCAGGAUUUUGAGGAGGGGGUUUUGGUCAGGUUCAUUUUAACAUAGAGGCGGAAGCGUUUAAUUAAACUUUGUUGGCAAACAAAGUGUCCGCAUUUAGUCUUCGUGACUGACGUCAUCUCCAGGUUGAGAUUGUCUCGCUCAUGAGCGCAUCAGGGUUAACAACAGUUGAGAGGCUCAUCUUUAUCUGUGAUCUUGUCAACAGUAAGACUUCGGCGGAAGAAGCGAGGGGCAUUUAGGCGUUCAGUCCAUAAGGGGGGGUUUAUUUUGAAAGAAAAUGCUGCGAAACUCAGACAAACAAUUCUGAGAAGACUUUUUGGGAGAAACGCUUUCUACUCAUCAGUUGAUAAUUAUUCAACAGUCAGUCAGUUUGGAAGUAAUUAAACCUCUUAAAUGAGUGUGAGAUAUCUCAAUUCAGAAAUGACAAUGGAGGACAGAAGCAGCCGCACCAUCGCCAGAGAGAGGCUGGGACUGAGCUUCACUAUUGACUACCUUCUGUUCAAUAAAGGAGUCAAAGGUUCCAAAGAAGAAGCGACAGGAAGUCGUGCGGCAGAGCAGACAGCGAGCAACAUGCUAGAUCAUCAGAAUCCUAAACCCGAAGAGGUGGGGAUUCGCUCUGAGAAACAGCCGAAGAGGUCAGAGGUAGACCCCGAGGAAAGGAAAGUCAAAGAAGAGGAGGGGGAAGAAAAGCAACAAGAGGAGGGGGAGGAGGAAGUGACCACCACCACCACCACGUCUGUCAGCAUCGGUCGAGAGAAGUCUGCGGACAAACCCAACCAGUCGUACAUCUCUCUCAUCUCUAAGGCGAUCCUGGCGUCCGAGCAGAAGAAGCUGCUGCUGUGCGACAUCUACCAGUGGAUCAUGGACCACUACCCUUACUUCAAGAGUAAGGAUAAAAACUGGAGGAACAGUGUGAGACACAACCUUUCCCUGAACGACUGCUUCAUCAAAGCUGGCCGCAGUGACAACGGUAAAGGCCACUUCUGGGCAAUUCACCCAUCGAACUAUGAGGACUUCUCCAACGGGGACUAUCACUGCCGGAGGGCACGGCGGAGGGUGCGCAGGGUGGCGGGACAGCUUCCCCUACCCUCCCUGAGCUCCCCCUACCACCCCGCUCUGGCUCGCCCCCACAGAACGACCUGUUGGUGCUGUCCUCAGGCAACAGCAUUCCCUCUGACUUGCUCAGCGCCCAGAUUCUACUGGCCCUGGUCCCGUAUGCAGCCACAACUGGGGCUCCACCCGGGCCUGCAUGCCUCUCUACCCUGA